GUGUAGUACAAAAUGCCAACCAUUGUCACCUUAAUCUUUCUGCUUUUAAGCAUUGCAAUUAUUGUUACUAUAACUCUUGUUCAGGUGAAUCGGAAACAGAUCCUUUCUCCAGGUCUAAAGUAUGGAAUAGUGCUUGAUGCUGGUUCAUCUCGGACAAUAGUCUAUGUAUAUGAAUGGCCAGCAGAAAAAGAAAAUAAUACUGGAGUAAUAAGUCAAACCUUCAAGUGUAAUGUGAAAGGUCCUGGAAUAUCCAGCUAUGGCAGUAACCCUCAAGAAAUUUCUAUGCCCAUCAGCAAUUGUAUGAAUAAAGUAAAGGAGAAAAUUCCUUUUCAUUUGCACAAAAGUGUACCUGUCUACUUGGGAGCCACAGCUGGUAUGAGACUUCUGAGGUUGCGAAAUGAAUCAACAGCCAAUGAAGUGCUUCAGAACAUUCAGACUUAUUUCAUGUCACAGCCCUUUGAAUUUAAGGGUGUUCAAAUCAUAACUGGUCAAGAGGAAGGAGUAUAUGGAUGGAUUACAGCCAAAUAUUUAAAAGGCAAUUUCUUGGAGCUUAUCCAGUAUGGACUUCAUCCAAUAUAA